UCUUCAUUUAUAACACACUCUGGUUCGAGCUUCCCCUCUCCCCUGUGCUUUCCUCCGCGCUUCAUUUCUUCCUUCACACAAAACCCGUUCGAUUGCUUCAAUCCGCUUUGUUAUUACUUCUGGAUUUCAAGCUUUACGAUCAAAUUUUCCCAUUUUUUCUUCAAAAAAUACAAAUUUUCGGGGCUUUCCGAAGCUGAUUUGAUCUGAUCACUUCCAAAUUUGCAAUACAAUCCAUUUUUUAAGUUUUGGGAUUUUGAAGAUAGAAUUUGGGUUUUCUCUGCUGUGUUUGGUUACCGAGAAACCGCAGGAAAACGAUCGCUUCCCUUUAUAAAUCGCAGCAUCUUAGACAUUCCUUUUCUGGUACUAAUUUGGGACUUUUGAUAAGCUAAAGAACCAACACCACCUUCUUUUCAUUUGUUUUCGUCUCGGUCGAGUUGGGUUUUUCGUAAAAAAGCAGAACAUAUUGGAAGGUUUCGGCUUUUCCUUUCCAUUUUCCUCCGUUUUCUCAGCAAUCAAACGGAGGCGAGAAAGUUUUAUUUUUGAGCUGUGGGAAAUGUUGGGAAGCAGGUUGCAGUUCGGGAAUGUUCGUGGGGAGGACAGGUUUUACAUUCCUGUGAAAGCAAGGAAGAGAUGCAACAAUCAGCAGAAGCAAGCUCGGAGAGCCAGCAAGAACGAUGCCAAUGAGAGCCCCAAAGAGCAUCAGAAUUCAUCGGAAAAGCCCUCUUUCGAGCGGUCUCUGACACCGACUAGCAAUCUGGACAGGCUCUUGGAGUUCACCACUCCCUCUGUUCCUGCUCAGUAUUUCUCAAAGACAACAAUGAGGGGGCGGAGGACUUGUGAUGUUGAGUUUGAGCCUUACUUCACACUGAAUGAUCUAUGGGAAUCGUUCAGGGAGUGGAGUGCAUAUGGGGCAGGAGUACCAUUGGUCCUUAACAAUUGUGAUUCUGUUAUUCAAUACUAUGUUCCGUAUUUAUCUGGUAUCCAAUUAUAUGGGGAAUCUUCUGUGAAGUCAAAAGCAAAGUCAAGGCAAGUGGGUGAGGACUAUGAUGUCGACAACUAUUUAGAUUCGAGUAGUGAUGCGAGCAGUGAUUAUGAAUUUGAGAAACACAUAAAGGUUGCAAAGGAGCAGGGGAUUCUUCACCAUCUAAGCAGGGACAUACCUACUAGAAUGGGCAGUUUGUCCAUACAUGGUGAACACCGUGUAUUACAAGAAGGCUUUUCUAGUGAUGAUGGAGAAGCUGGGAAUUCUCGAGGUGUCCUGCUUUUUGAGUUUCUUGAGCAGGAUGCUCCAUAUGGCCGUGAACCAUUGGCUGACAAGAUAUCAGGUCUUGCACACCAGUACCCUGGGUUAAAGACAUUAAGAAGCUGUGACUUACUGCCAGGAAGUUGGAUGUCAGUCGCUUGGUAUCCCAUAUAUCGAAUACCUACGGGUCCAACAUUGAAAGAUUUAGAUGCUUGCUUUUUGACAUAUCAUUCACUUUCAACAUCCAUGACAGGUACUGGAAAUAGCCCGGCUCCAGUGAUGAUCUAUCCCAGUGAGAUGGAUGGUGUCCCAAGGAUUUCCUUACCUGUUUUUGGACUGGCAUCCUACAAGUUAAAAGGAUCCCUGUGGACACAAAAUGGAGUGACGGAGUGUCAACUGGUGAGUUCCCUGAUGCAGGCCGCAGACAGUUGGCUUAGCCUGCUCCAGGUCAAUCACCCCGAUUUCCAGUUCUUUGCUUCGCACGGCAUGCACUGCAGGUGAAAUCAAUCUUGUUUCGCUGAUGGAAGUGUCUUAGCUUCCACUCCACAAGUUACAAGCCUUGAAAUUAAGCUUCAUGAUUGACGUAAAUGGAGGAUGCUGGAAUGUGAACCCUUUGUUUUAAAAGCAAAAAACGGAAGAGAAAGUGGUAAGUUACAAAAUUAAGAUAGAAAAUAAGAAAAGUAAGAAGUGGGAACAGUGUCAAGCGGCUUAUAACUCAAUUGGUUUAGAGCAUCCGUCCUCGUAUCCGAGGUUCCGUGUUUGAAUCCUCCUCCCAUUGUUUAAUGUAAAUUAUUCUAUCGUGUGACAAAAGGUUGAAAACAGUGAAAUGAAAAAUGCAAGCCAUGGGAGGCAGGAGAAUAAGGUCAAAAAAGACUAGUGAUGAAAAAAUGUUAGCGGUGUAUGAGAGAACCCAUUGUAAAAUAUUAUAUAGUUAUAUAAUCGGUUUGACAAGUCUUUUUAGAGUGUCAAUAACAACUUUAUAUA